CAUGUCAGGCACGCAUUUAUUUAUUAUGCAUGUACAGGUCAAGUAAUAUAGCGACAUUCCACUGAAAUUUGAUGUAGAGUUGCAUCAGAAAUGAAAUUGUCCCAAUGUACUUGACUUUUUUGACAUCAUUCAAUUAUAAAUACAUAUAUUGCACGUUAAUAAAUCAUUGCGUGUUCAACUUGCAUAUGUAAGUAUUUGAUUUCUUCAUACACCUGUAAUUGACAACCAAUCAAUGACAUAUCCACUUGAAAUGUAAAUUACUUGGUACAGCGGCUACCUAUCGAUGCCGUAGUUGCUUUUAAUUUUGUAAAACAAAAGCCCACCACUUGAAAGACCAUUUUGAAUAAAUAGGAUUGAAGCCCUGCUAAAAAACAGCAUAAAUUUUUCUUGUCCUGUUGAACCAUUACUUAAACAUUAGCACCAAAAAUAUAAAAUGUUUGUUGCAUUAAUUGUUUUAGUUCUUAUUUUCGCAUUAAUUUUUGGGUUAAUUGCGUACGCUCGUUGGAAUUAUGGGGUUUUGGAGGCAACAGGUAUCCCCGUAAUAAAGCCUACACUGUUUAAUGGCAGCGUUCCAGAUCUGCAUCUUAAAGUGCAAACUGAUGAGGAUAUCAAGCGUUUCCAGGAAUUUGGACCACUUUGGGGGGUAAAUUGAUUCAUAAUGGAAUAUGGUCUUCUUGAGAGCUUGCAUUUAAUAAUCGAUGUCUUACUUGGUUCUUCAGUUGUACGAAGGGAGGACUCCAAUAAUUCACGUGUGUGACCCGGACUUAAUACGAGAAAUCUUUGUUAAAGAUGUAGAAUACUUUUAUGAUCGGCGCGUAGGACAUUUUGGCGAUGCACGUAUUGAUGAAAUACUCGAUUAUCUUCCUGGCGAGAAGUGGAAGAAGAUGAGAAAACUGCAGACGAUAUUGUUCUCCUCUGGUAAAAUUCGCCAAUACAGCACGCAGUUGAAGGAUGCGGCUGACGAUUUUGUGGACUAUUUGAAGGGAAAAUGUGAUGGACAUGGGAGUGUUAAUUUAGACACGAGAAAUGCAAUGGAUAUCGUCAGCCUUGAUGGGAUUGCGAGGGCAAGCUUUGGUGUCAAGUUGGAGAAUGUAGAGGAUCCAAAUAACCUAUUUUUUAGGGCCCUCAAGAAAUUGCUUGGUGAAGGUCUAGAGUACAAUUGGCUGUAUUCAUUGUCAAUGACAUUUCCAAUCCUUCAUAAGCUUGCGCCAAGCUUUCAAAUCGAAGAAGUGCUCUUUCACACAUUCCGAGAAAUAAUUGCGACACGAAAAGAACAGAGAGACAUGGUAAAUCGUGAAACUAAUCAAACUCUCAAAAAGUCUGAAGGAAAUUGGAAACCAGCAUCAAAUUGUAACGACCUAGCCGACCUUCUCGUAGACUGUUUUGAUAACUUGGAAUCAAGUGAUUUCCAACGAUUGGGCAUCUCAUCCACCACAAUCUUGGCACAAGCUCUCAAUGUUACUGCACUUGACAUGAUUUCUGCCACAAUGACCAUGAUCAGCUACUACCUGGCUACCAAUCCGAACACGCAGAAAAAGCUUCACGAAGAAUUAGAUGAGAUCAUUGAAGGACAGUUUGAAGGUCGAAUAGACAACGAAACAAUUCAAAGCCUCCCGUAUUUGUCGGCCUGUCUCAACGAAACAUUGAGGCUCGCUCCACCCUUAAUCCGCCCGGAGCGAAUGUGCACGAAAGACUGGGUAAGCUCUGAAGGAAAUCUUAAAAUAAAGAAGGGCACCGUCGUGAUGGUCCCCUUGUGGGCGGCUCAACGCCAUUCCAAGUAUUUUUUGGACCCUGAUGCCUUCAUCCCGGAGCGAUUCAUCCCAAAUUCACCUCAAUAUGAAGCUUCUUCCUGGCACCCCUACAUAUACUCUCCAUUCGGCCUCGGUUUAAGAAACUGCAUCGGGAUGCGUAUUGCGAUUGAGACGCUUAAAUUAAACAUUGCAACUGUUUUGCAAAGUUUUAGAAUAGAGGUGAGAUCUGACACUAGACUCGAGUUUAAAAAAGGGAUGCUCUUUCUCCUCCAGUUUAAACCACUCUAUCUCGAUUUUGUACGUCGUGAAAGAAAAUCCAAGAAAUUGUGA